AAUGGGAUAAAUAUUUUAGAAACAUGCAACUUAGUUUGAACCAUCUCUAAUAGUUAAAUUAAAAAGCAUAACAAUGAGGGAACUUUUUGAUUGUGUAGAUACCAUAGAUAAAUAUUAUCCUUAGAAUUGUUAUUUGAAUUUAGAAUAAUUCGAUGAUAUAUUUGCAACAUUAACUGAUAAUUGUAUUGAUCUUUUUCAUAGAUUGGCUGAUUAGACUGGAGAAGAUGGAAAAUUAUCAGUUCAUACAUUUGAAGCAUUAGCUGCUUUUGCUAUAUUUAGUGGAGAGAGUUUUGAAACAAAAUGUAUGUUUGUUUUUAGAUUAUUUGAUUUUGAUUUGUCAAAUACUUUAGAAGAAUAAGAGAUGGUUAGUACAUUAUAAUGUGCAGUUAGAGCAAUGUGUAAAAUAGCUGGUUUAGUGAUUCCAUCUGUUAGUAUGUUAGAGAAAUUGGGUUAUGUUUGUUUCCAAAUGAUGGAUGAAGAUAAAAAUAAACAUGUUGAUUUUGAUGAAUUUUAUGAAUGGACUGUAUAAUAUGAUGAAUUGUAAGAGUUUAUGUUAUUAUAUUCUGGAACAUAAACAUAUUAAUAUGCAUUAAAAAGAAUGAUUAAUGUAAUGGAUGAAUCUGAAUAAUAAUUUAAUAAAUGGUUGAGAGAAUGUAAAGCACCUUAAGUACCAGCUAUUAAAUUACAAUAGAAUUUAUAUUAAAUUUAUAAGGGAAUAGAUUAAUUAUCAAUAGAUACUUUAUUUUAUAUGAUUAUAGAAUAUACAUUAAGAUCUAAAAGUAUUGGAUAAGAAGAUAGUUCAUAAUAAUAAAAAGAUCUUUGGGCUUGGAAAGCAGAUCAUAAAAAGAAUUAACAUCUUCUUUAAAAUAUAUCAGUUAAGAAGAGUGAUUAUUUGGAUAUCAUUAGAGCAUGGAAUGUAUAUUCAAUAACUGAUGUCAAUUAAUUAUCAAUUAUUAAUAUUAAAGAUCUUAAAUUACUUAUUUGGUUAUAUGAAGAUGAAGAACCAGAUUAUUUUAGAAUUAAUUAAGAAAUGUCAAUUAUAGAUACUAAUCAUAAUAAUAUAAUUGAAAGAUGUGAAUGGAUGUAAUAUUUAUGUUCUGAAGAGUCAAUGUAAAGAAGAUAAACACCAUAAGUUUUAAUGAAAAAAGUGUUUGAUAAUUAUGAUGAAGAAUAAUGUGGUUUGAUACCUAUUAUACAUAUUGAUAAAUUAUUAAGAGAUACUUUUAAAUAAUAGAUGAAAAAGAUGAAAGAUUUUAAGAGUAUUUAGAGUGUAAAUAGUUUAAUUCAAUAAUUNGACUGGAGAAGAUGGAAAAUUAUCAGUUCAUACAUUUGAAGCAUUGGCUGCUUUUGCUAUAUUUAGUGGAGAGAGUUUUGAAACAAAAUGUAUGUUUGUUUUUAGAUUAUUUGAUUUUGAUUUGUCAAAUACUUUAGAAGAAUAAGAGAUGGUUAGUACAUUAUAAUGUGCAGUUAGAGCAAUGUGUAAAAUAGCUGGUUUAGUGAUUCCAUCUGUUAGUAUGUUAGAGAAAUUGGGUUAUGUUUGUUUCCAAAUGAUGGAUGAAGAUAAAAAUAAACAUGUUGAUUUUGAUGAAUUUUAUGAAUGGACUGUAUAAUAUGAUGAAUUGUAAGAGUUUAUGUUAUUAUAUUCUGGAACAUAAACAUAUUAAUAUGCAUUAAAAAGAAUGAUUAAUGUAAUGGAUGAAUCUGAAUAAUAAUUUAAUAAAUGGUUGAGAGAAUGUAAAGCACCUUAAGUACCAGCUAUUAAAUUACAAUAGAAUUUAUAUUAAAUUUAUAAGGGAAUAGAUUAAUUAUCAAUAGAUACUUUAUUUUAUAUGAUUAUAGAAUAUACAUUAAGAUCUAAAAGUAUUGGAUAAGAAGAUAGUUCAUAAUAAUAAAAAGAUCUUUGGGCUUGGAAAGCAGAUCAUAAAAAGAAUUAACAUCUUCUUUAAAAUAUAUCAGUUAAGAAGAGUGAUUAUUUGGAUAUCAUUAGAGCAUGGAAUGUAUAUUCAAUAACUGAUGUCAAUUAAUUAUCAAUUAUUAAUAUUAAAGAUCUUAAAUUACUUAUUUGGUUAUAUGAAGAUGAAGAACCAGAUUAUUUUAGAAUUAAUUAAGAAAUGUCAAUUAUAGAUACUAAUCAUAAUAAUAUAAUUGAAAGAUGUGAAUGGAUGUAAUAUUUAUGUUCUGAAGAGUCAAUGUAAAGAAGAUAAACACCAUAAGUUUUAAUGAAAAAAGUGUUUGAUAAUUAUGAUGAAGAAUAAUGUGGUUUGAUACCUAUUAUACAUAUUGAUAAAUUAUUAAGAGAUACUUUUAAAUAAUAGAUGAAAAAGAUGAAAGAUUUUAAGAGUAUUUAGAGUGUAAAUAGUUUAAUUCAAUAAUUGAAAGUUGAAUUUUUGAAAUAGGUUAAAAAGAAUAAUUAAUCUCAUUUUGAUUGGCAAUCAUACUAUCAAUUCUUAGUUGAAGCUACAAAGACUCAUUCAUCACUUAAUAAGUUAUUGAAUUUAAAUCGUGACUGA